UUGGCUGCCACCAAAGUUACUUCCAGUCCCUGCUGUCCCUCCUGCCCUUAGUCUGGCCCUGCCCCGGGACCCCUGCAUUCAGCCUCUCCACACAGAGGCCCCAGGGAGCUCCAGCCAAUUGCUCUCCACUCCUCAACUAGCUGCCUACCUCCAGUGGCUUAUGGGGCACUGUCCUGACCAACUCUGCUAAGAUGCUCCAGGCCUCUCCCUCCACCCCGUCCAGGGGACGGACCCCCAGCGCAGUGGAGAGGCUAGAGGCCGACAAAGCCAAGUAUGUCAAGACGCAUCAGGUGAUAGCGCGACGCCAGGAGCCAGCUCUGCGCGGGGGUCCCGGGCCGCUUACGCCGCACCCCUGCAAUGAGCUGGGGCCCUCUGAAUCGCCCCGGACGCCCAGACCCGCCCGCCGAGGCAGCGGCAGGCGACUGCCAAGGCCUGACUCUCUCAUCUUCUAUCGCCAGAAGCGGGACUGCAAGGCUUCUGUGAACAAAGAGAACGCCAAGGGCCAGGGGCUGGUGCGGCGCCUCUUCCUAGGAGCCCCCCGAGACGCCGCCUCGAGCAGCCCGGCCCCACUGGAAAGACCUGCGGCUCCUGGGGGUUGGUCUGCGCCCCAAGAUGCCCCAGAAGCGGCGGGAAAGAGGGCGCUGUGCCCCACGUGCUCGCUGCCCCUAUCGGAGAAGGAGCGUUUCUUCAACUACUGCGGCCUGGAGCGCGCGCUGGUGGAGGUGCUGGGCGCCGAGCGCUUCUCUCCGCAGAGUUGGGGGGCCGACGCCAGCCCCCAGCCUGGAUCGUCGCUGCCGCCCGGAUCCGGGGACACCAGCGACUGGACGUCCAGCGACGGCGGCACGGAUCGCCCGAACGGUGCGGACGGCGGCGGCGGGGGCUCGGAAGCGGCGGGCUCGGCGCGGGAUGGGCGCCCGCCUGUGUCGGUGGUGGAGCGCAACGCGCGCGUCAUCCAGUGGUUGUAUGGCUGCCAGCGCGCCCGCGGCCCGCCCCGCGAGUCCGAAGUGUGACAUCGGCCGCUCCGGAGCGGGGUCCCGGGGAGUCCGGGGUCCGGGAAGGGGCAAGGGGUGAGCGCGGGACUGGACCUGGGCACACGCAGGGAUACCCCGCCUUUGAAGCGCAAGGUGCCUUUAGGCAAGCCCUUCACUCUGGAUCGCGGCUUCCCGAAGUGAACCGUGGGGGUAUGGGACAAAAUCUCGGAGGCCCUUCUCACCGCAGAACGCGGAAGGGGAGGUGGCCGCCUCGUGGCCCCUGUGGAGGCCGGGUCUGGGGAUCGAAGACUGGGGUGGGAGAUCA